AUGAAACUACGUGCUUUGGUCCUUCCUGUACAGAACCACGAAAUCGUAUUAUUGAAGGGUUCGGACAUGAUGUCGGGAAUACUACCCGAACAAGACUCUGACACGUCAAGAUGGAAUAUACCUCUGUGCGGUUCACGCACGAUGAAGAAUCGAGGGAGGAGGAGUAUAUCCUCACAUAUUGUUCGAAAUGUAAAGAAUGUGAGAUAUUCUUGCACACGUCUCCCCACGUCUGGGAUGCUGCGAAUGGAGGAAUGUGAGGAAUGGUACGAAAUACGGGAAACGACACGCCCGCUAUAA